AUGGUUGCAGAGAUCUUGAGGGAGUAUGGUUUGACAGUGACUGAAGACCAAUGUGCAAAGGAGAAGACCAAAGUUCUUAAAGAAAGGAAAGUGACACAUCAAGAACAUUUCGCUCGUAUUUUUGAUUGUCAAGCAGAGAUCUUUCGAUCUAAUCUGGAUACGGCAUUUGAGAUUGAGACUAUACCGGGUACAAUCAUUGGAAGCUUACAAAGGAUGCUCAGUGCGAAGUUGGAUCUUAAAGAUGGGAAAAAAUUCACAGUCAUCUCAGACAAACAAUCGGGUUUAGUGAAAGCAAUCCAAACAGUCAUUCUAGAAGCUGAGCAUAGGCAGUGUUCUAGGCACAUCAUGGACAACUGGAAGAGAAGAAGCCAUGACAUGGAGCUUCAGAGACUCUUCUGGAAGAUAGCUAGGAGCUACACGGUAGGAGAAUUCAAUGGGUAUAUGCUGGAGCUAAAGAAUUACAAUCCAAGUGCCUAUGAUUCUCUACUGAAGACUAAUCCCAGGACAUGGUCUAGAGCAUUCUUUAAGGUUGGAAGUUGCUGCAAUGACACCUUGAAUAACCUUAGUGAGUCUUUCAAUAGGACAAUCCGCCAAGCGAGAAGGAAACCGUUACUAGAGAUGUUGGAAGACAUUAGAAGGCAGUGUAUGGUGCACAAUGCCAAGAGAUAUAUAAUCGCUUGUAGAUUGAAGACUCGAUUCACGAAGAGAGCUCAUGCUGAGAUAGAGAAGAUGAUUGUUGGGGAACAAGCUUGUGAAAGAUGGAUGGCAAGACACAACAAACAUGAAAUAAAACAUGGUGAUAUGAUUUACGAAGUGGACAUGAGUGCUCGUACAUGUGGUUGUAUAAAGUGGCAGAUGACAGGGAUACCAUGUGUUCAUGUUGCAUCUGUCAUCAUAGAGAAGAAAGAGAAAGUUGAAGAUUAUGUUGUGGACUGGUACACAGAAAGAAUGUGGGAGCUAACAUACUAG